AUGCGUGCCAUUCCGCGUCGCUUUGUCCUUCGUCCUGGGCUGCUCCUGGCGGGACUCGUCAUUGCUGGCGCAUUGGGAGCUGUGACGUGGUCGUGGCAAGCGUCCGUCGCCGCCAAUCUCGAGUGCGGCAUGCAGCAGGCUGGACUCCAAGCACAGAUUGAAUUGCUGCUGCGUCAGUCGGAUGCUCUGGACGAGCGACUCGAAGCCGCCAAGUUGGACGCGGCAAAUCGACAAUCUGCCGCCAGCGAGCAAGAACACGCGCGCCAGGUCGAACUCGCACGCAGCGCACAGCUCGAAUCGCGAAUUGCAGACUUGGAACUGGAUCUCUCAGAAGCUCGGAGGGCGCUGGUCGUCGUCGAGAAGGAACGCGAUGAUGCUCGUCGAGCUGCAGCUGCUGUUGCUCCCAAGGGUGAUGAUUCGGAUCCGUCCGAAUGCAAUCCGGCACACGGACUGGCCGUUCUCAGCCCGGCUCCGGCGACGAGCACCACACCUCGAGAGUACCAUCACUUGCUGCAGUUCCACUGGACGGCGUUCGAUCUCAAGUUUGAGUACGACUCGGCUCAGGCCAGUCCAAUCACGCCGCUCAAGUACGGCGCCUCGGCGGAAAUCGACGCCGUGGUCCAGGCAGCGCGUAAAUGGACGAGUGAGGAGCUCCAAGCACAAGGAGAUACGCUGGUCGAUGUUAUUCGACCGCUUGGGGGACUGCGACGCGUUGACCGUCGGGCAGGACGCGAGUACAUUGUCGAGAUUUUGCUUCGACAAAACGCCACGGGCAUCGAGACAAUCCGACGGAUGCACUUGUCGCGUAGUCUUGGUCCUCUCGUGCUCAGCGGACAAGUAGUGGACUAUCCCAUUGUUUCCGGCAGCACGGAUGUUGUCGAAGUGCCGCCGGCACCCCUCACCGGUAAAGCCCUCAUUGAAGCGCGAAACAAAGAAGCCAUGGCACGGAUGCAAGAAAAGCUAGCAGCCGAAAAGCAACAGCAGCGCGACCAGCAGCAAGCACGAUUUCAGGAAGCGGCGGCACGGCAACGCCACCUGCAGCCACUACAGCAAGACCCCCUCGCUCAAUCUCCCAAAACCGGACGAAGGCCUCUUGCCCUCCCAUCGUUUGAUAACCAGGAUCAACCAGGAAACGGCGCUAUGGGAGUCAUUACUCGUGAAUUGCCCGGCAAUCCGCCGUUUGUCGUCGACGAAGCCACCAUUCAUUUCAUUGUGCCUCUCGCUGGUCGUGCAGACCAGCUCGACCUCCUGCUACACAACAUUCUCUUCUUGGCCAAGCAAGACAAGAAUGUUGCACUGGUUCUGGUCGAUUUUUUGCAAGGAGAUCACAACAAGCUCGAGUCCAACGUCAGCAUCCAACGGCAGCUUGGCGAGUUGCAGGCGCUUCGGUACUUUCGGAAGGUGGAAGUAAACGAGACAUUUUCUCGUGCGCGAGGACUGGCGAUCGGCACUGCCCACACUGUGCGAAGUCCCGUUGUACGACGACAACUGGGUCAGAUUGUGCACGACCAACAACCGGCUCGACCCAUUGCCUCUUCCUUUCGCCAGCCACCAGCACCUCCAAGUACAGACGCGCUUGCCUUCUUUUGUGAUGUGGAUAUGGAGGUGCAGCUUGGGUUUUUACGACAGUGCCGACAGAAUGUGGUUCGAGGAGAGCAGGUGUUUGCUCCCAUUGUCCAUUCGCUCUUUCGCAACCAAGCCUCCCACAUUACCCCAGACUCUGGCUUUUGGCGGUACUAUGGCUUUGGCAUGAUGUGCACUUUUGCAAGCGAUUUCGACGCUGUUGGCGGAUUUGGCACAAAGCAAUUUGACUUUUGGGGUCAUGAAGACGUCCAUCUCGUCGACACCUUCCUGGCUCGAGGCUACCGGAUAUUCAGAGCAGUCAGCACUCCCUUGUAUCACCGGUGGCAUGACAAAGUCUGCAACAGCACAGUCCUGAGCCCCGAGUCGUACACUGCGUGCCAAACAACGCGCGGGCUUCACGUUGGCUCGAACAAGGAACUGGCCGGCAUGGUUGCCAACUACGAGACAAGAAUUCCCGACCUAGUCGGCACCAUUGAGACGCUGCAAGCAUCAGUGAGUCGUCUUCAGCGCGAGCGAGGCAUUGUUCCCGACUGA